GAUUGUGAGGGGUGGUAGUGGAAGUGGCGGUGGGUGGGGGGGAGAGAAGUCACGAAACAGACGAGUUCCUUCAACGUGUGACAGCAAAACCGCUCGAAACCGGGAAAGGCGAAACGAACGCGAGAGAGAGCCCACUUCGGAAUAUGGACAAGAGGCGCUGAUGGAGGCGGUGAGAAGUUUGCAGUUGAUCUGGGCCGUGCUGCUCGCAGUGACGGGCUCGUUGGCCAGAGAAGUAUGCCUGGGAACAGACAUGAAACUGGCCCUGCCUUCUAGCUUGGGAAACCACUACGAGACAUUAAAGCUGCUCUACACUGGCUGCCAGGUCGUCCAUGGAAACCUGGAGAUCACGCACCUUCACGGACAGCCCGACCUCUCCUUUCUACAGGGGAUUGUGGAGGUACAGGGCUAUGUGCUGGUGGCCCAUGUAUCAGUGAGCCUACUGCCUUUGGACAACCUUCGGAUUAUCCGAGGCAGUCAGCUGUACAAUUCCAGCUAUGCUCUGGUGGUGCAGGAUAACACUCAGGGUGAACAGGGUGGACUCAGGACACUUCGACUCCGUAGCCUCACAGAGAUCCUAUUGGGCGGGGUCUAUAUAUGGGGGAACCCCAAUCUCUGCUUUCCUGAGCCCGAGAACAUUCAAUGGAGGGACACUUUGGACGAACAGAACAUCCAUGCCAAGCAGUACCGACUGCAACCUCGGGCUUCGAACUGUCCAAGUUGCGCACCUGCAUGUAAGAACAGCUGUUGGGGCGAAACCGAACAAGACUGUCAAACAUUGACGCGUAUUAGUUGUGCAUCAGGCUGCCAGCGGUGUAAAGGCCCCCUGCCCAAUGACUGCUGUCACAUGCAAUGUGCCGCCGGAUGCACGGGACCCAAAGAUUCAGACUGUCUGGCGUGUCGACACUUCAAUGACAGUGGCGUGUGUAAAGACAACUGUCCCCCGCCCACCAUCUACGAUCCCGUCACCUUUCAGACCAAGCUUAACCCAGACAAGAAGUUCAACUUUGGAGCCACUUGUGUAAAAACAUGUCCCUAUAACUAUCUGGCGAUGGAUGUAGCGUGCACAUUGGUUUGCCCCAAAGCCAACCAGGAAGUCAUCAUCUCCCAUCCUAAUGGGGACGAGACACAGAAAUGUGAAAAAUGUGAAGGGGACUGUCCCAAAGUGUGUUAUGGUCUGGGUAUGGACAACCUCGGCGUCAUGGACAAUCACGGCGUCACCAUGGUAACGUCUUCCAAUGUAGCGCAAUUCAGUGCUUGUAAGAAGAUAUUUGGAAGUCUGGCUUUCCUCCCUCAGAGCUUUACUCGGGACGCCGCUGCCAACACAUCCGGCCUGACUCUCGAACAGCUAAGUGCCUUCAAGAACCUGGAGGAGAUUACAGGUUAUUUGUACAUCAGUGCUUGGCCAGAAGACUGGACUGACCUGUCUGUGUUUGAGAACCUGAAGGUGAUCCGAGGCCGGAUGCUCUACAAGGGUGUGUUUUCCCUAGCUGUUCAGAAUCUGCACAUCCAGUCUCUCGGAUUGCGUUCACUACGCAGCAUCAGCGGAGGUCUCAUCUUGUUGCAUAACAACUCUCAGCUAUGCUACACUAACUCACUGCCAUGGAAGAGCCUCCUCCAUCCCACCCAGGGUCCCCACUAUAUCGUCAACCGCAACCAAGACCCACAACUUUGUGAAGCCGAGGGUCGUGUUUGUCACCCGUUGUGUGACGGCGGCUGUUGGGGACCGGGGCCCAGCCAGUGUGUAUCCUGCAAGACUCUCCAGCGUGGCACCGAGUGUGUCAAGCAGUGUGACCUCAAUCAGGGGCCGGUACGAGAGUACAUCGAUGGAUUCUUGUGCGUCGCCUGCCAUGCAGAGUGCCGACCUCUUAAUGGCUCUGUCUCUUGUUCCGGCCAGGGUCCAGACCAGUGCACAGAGUGCCAGAACUUUCAGGACGGCGACUCUUGCGUGGAUCACUGCCCCAGCGGCGUCAAGGAGGAUCAACAGACCGUGUGGAAGUACAGCAAUGCCACAGGACACUGUUUGCCCUGCAACACCAACUGCACCCUAUCCUGCACUCAGAUGGACGAGAGAGGCUGCCCCAUUCACACCAAGACAGGACCAGCCACAACUAUCGCAGCUGCCGUGGGUGGCGUGGUGCUAUUUUUCAUCCUGCUGGCUCUGCUCAUCUUCUACCUGAAGAGGCAGAAGAAACUGAAAAAGAAGGAAACAAUGAGAAGGAUCCUGCAGGAGCACGAGCUGGUGGAGCCUUUGACACCCAGCGGGGCUUCACCCAAUCAGGCUCAGAUGCGCAUCCUAAAGGAAACAGAGUUAAAAAAGCUCCGGGUUCUGGGCGCUGGAGCUUUUGGUACCGUUUACAAGGGAAUCUGGACUCCUGACGGGGAAAAUGUGAAGAUACCGGUAGCCAUCAAGGUUUUAAGAGAGAACACCUCACCAAAGGCCAAUAAAGAGAUCCUUGAUGAAGCGUACGUGAUGGCAGGUGUGGCCAGUCCGUACGUGUGUCGUCUACUGGGCAUUUGUUUGACGUCUACCGUGCAGCUGGUCACUCAGCUAAUGCCGUACGGUUGCCUCCUGGACUACGUCAGGGAGAACAAGGACCGCAUCGGCUCCCAGUUCCUCCUCAACUGGUGUGUCCAGAUUGCUAAGGGGAUGAACUAUCUUGAGGAGGUGCGCCUCGUCCACCGAGAUUUGGCAGCCCGAAAUGUUCUGGUGAAGAACCCAAACCACGUGAAGAUCACAGACUUUGGCUUGGCCCGCUUGCUUGAUAUAGACGAGACAGAAUAUCACGCAGACGGGGGCAAGGUCCCAAUUAAAUGGAUGGCAUUGGAGUCUAUCCUACACAGGAAGUUCACACAUCAAAGUGACGUAUGGAGCUAUGGAGUGACGGUGUGGGAACUGAUGACGUUUGGCGCUAAACCGUAUGACAUGAUCCCUGCAAGAGAAAUCCCAGAUGUUUUGGAGGGGGGAGAGCGACUGCCACAGCCUCUCAUCUGCACCAUCGAUGUCUAUAUGAUCAUGGUUAAAUGUUGGAUGAUCGACCCUGACAGCCGACCCAGAUUCAAAGACCUGGUGAAUGAUUUUUCCACCAUGGCUCGUGAUCCACCUCGCUAUGUAGUCAUCCAGAACGACGAGCAGAUGAGCCUGUCGAGCCCAGUGGACAGCCAGUUUUUCCGGAUGCUUCUUGAAGAGGAUGACAACAACAUGAGGGAACUGCUGGAUGCGGAGAAGUAUCUGGUGCCUCAACCCAACCUUUUCCCCAGGGGUCAGGGAGACGGCGCCCAUUCCAACGGGCCGUCCAGGCACCAAUCCUACAGGCAGCAGAGUCGGGAUCAGGGCUUGGAUGUCGAGCCACCCGUUCCCACGGCGGCCCCCCGGAGCAUGUACUCCUCCCUCAGCACCCUGGGCCGCAAUCAGUACCCGACCUUGCCAAUCGGAGCCGGCACCGCCAACGGCACCUGGAGCCCUCACUACCCCACGCUGGCACGCAGCCCCUCCGCCGGCGGGCAGUCUGACUCGGUCUUCUUGGACGGGCCUCAGGAUGACCCGUCGCUGCCGCCGGCCAGCCCAGGGCGCUACUGCAAAGACCCUACCUACGGGAGCCAGGGCGAGCUCGAGGUGGAUGGGCCUAAUGGCUUUCUUCAUCCUCAACAUCUUCAUCACUCGCUGCCCAGACGAAGCCACGGCUACGGUCACAAUCACGCCUUGCCAGAGUACGUCAAUCAGGAAGCUCACGAGCUCAAGCCCGAGCGACCCACCACGCUGCCUCGCAAAGUCUCCAAGGUGGAUCGACGCCUCCCCAACGGCCUCACGUCCGGCCACAGCGUGGAGAACCCCAGGUACUUGGUCCCCGCUAACUCACCCGCUUUUGACAAUCCAUACUACCUGGACCUCGUGGCCAAGGCGAAAGCCGUCGCUGACGGUGCAGCAGCAGCAGCAGCGGACGACCAGGUGGAGCCCCAGCGAGAAAUACCGAGGCAAGUCAAUGGAUUUGUCACACCCACUGCAGAGAAUCCGGAAUAUCUGGGCCUAGCGGACACAUGGAGUGGGCACACUUGAACUUUAAGGGAAGUGAAAGACGAUAUUUAUGCGGCUGGGCGUGUUUUUUUGUUUUUUGGGCAAUUGUGCAAGCAAGUCGGAAGGCAUCCGGUCAGUCGCCGAAUUAGAAGGUAACGACACACAGCAACUCCUCACAUUCAUUCGGUGUUCCUGGUGACAUUUGUAUUCCACAACCCACCCCCCCGUCCCCGUCUGUAAAUAA